GCUCGGGCUCGGGCUCGGGCUCGGACUCGGGCUCCGCCGCUAUGUCCGCGCACAAGUACCCGGCCACCCCGGCCCAGACCCGCAAGCCUGCAGUCUCUGCGGUCUCGACCGGCAAGCGCUUUGGCCUGUCACCGAUGUCAGACUCGGCGUCGUCGCUCUCGGACGAUGGCUCGGGUGCGGUUGGCAUGGACGUCGUCGAGCAGGUGGUCCGGCUGGCGGCGAGCCCGGGCCCCGAGCCCGCGUCGGGCAUGGAGCCGCUGCCGGCGGCGCUCAAGCACUCACCGACCAAGACUCACCUGAUGCAGGCGACUUUUUUUGGCGGUGACGACUCGGAGGACGCGACGGGGCCUGCGCCCGGCUCCGCGCCCGGGCCGGCACCGAUCUUUCCGUGGGCGCGGCCUGCCGGCGGUGUGAGCACCCCGAGCCGAGGCUCCCCAGCGCCGGCGACGACGCCGGCGCCUGACGCUUCGCGAGUGCUCGGCGGGCGGGUCGCUGUCUCGUCGCCGUCGUGGACCCAGUACGGCUCGCCGCUCAAGCCGGCCGGGAACGGAGCUGCGGCGUCGCGGCGUACCGCCGCCGCGGUCCGCGUUGCUGAGCAGUCGGCGCAGACUGCUGCCGAGGUCGCAGCCUCUGCCGCCUCUUUUGUCCCGCGCGACCACGUGGCGCCGCCGCGCGAGGCCUCGCUUGCGCACGGGCUCGAGGGCUCGACCUUCGACGCCGGCUUGGCCAUGGCACGCUCGUUCCGAGUCUCGUGGGGCCCUGGCGGCUUGAUUGCCUUUCCGGUGGUGGGUCGGGUGGCCCAGCGCGGGGCCGGGUCGGCGGCGUCGCGGCUGCUUGACGUCGGCGGCGCCAAGGCGGGCGUCUAUGGCGGGCCGUCGUUUUUCAACGCCAAGGUCACGCGGGUGGUGGUCAAUGGCGACACCGGAGUGGUGGCGUCUGGCUCGGCUGGCGACGCGCUCGGCCCGCGGACCCUCGACGAGAUUGCCGGCUCGGACGCGCUGCGGCCGUACCUGGUCAGCUUCCUGGAGCAGUACGACAAAGCCGAGUACGCCGAGGCGUGGGUCGCCAUGGGCGCGUACGCUGCUUCCGGCGACGAGGCUACACGGUCGUCGCUUGGCGUCGCACUCUACGCGCGGUACGUCGAGUGUGCCACCGCAUCACUUCCCGACGUCGCGAUCGCCAUCGAGCGCCACGCGCGCGCCGAGGGCCUCACCUCUGAGGCGGUGAUGCGGUCGGCGAACGUCUCGCUCUUUGCGGGCGUCCGCGGCAUCGUGGGCGAGUUCCUCAGCUCGGCGUGGAUUGGCGCCUUUCUGGACUCGGACGAAGGUGCGGCCAUGUCUGCCGCCGCGGCCGUCUCGCGCGAGUACCUCCCGCUUCUCGAGGUCGCGCUGGCGACGUCGUGGGUCGGCGCCGAUGACAUGCCCAACGCCGCCCCAGAGGCCGGCAUCGUCUCGGCUGGCGAGCUCGUCGACGCGCUGCCUGAGUACGUGACUGCGCUGGAGGCAUCGGUUGCGGUGGCGGGGGCGGACCUCUCGCUCCUGCACAUGCAGCAAGUCUACGAGCUCGUUGACGCGCUCUGGGGCCACGCGUCGAGCGUGAUCGACGGCUACGGCGCUCCCGACGGGCCUGCUGCCGGACAGUCUGCGCUCUCACUGCCAUCACCCGAGGCCAAGGCGCUCGAGGUGUACCACGACUCGGUGAAGCGGACAACGCAGCUUUCAGAGUGGCUGGCCCGCGCGGUGAGCGCGGCGGUCGAGGCACACGCGAACGCGGCGGGGAACGAGCUCGACGGUGCCGAGGUUCUCCUGGAGCAGCUCUUUGCCGCGCUCUCGGGCUGCCAGCUCUCGACUGCGGCGCAGCAUGCGCUCGCGCUGCGCGACUUUCGGCUAGCGACGGUGCUGGCACAGACGCCCGGAUCGCCGACCAACACGGCUGAUGUGGCGGCACAGCUGGCGCUCUGGCGUGAGCUCGGCGCCGACAAGUACGUGGCGCCCAAGCUGUUCCGCAUUUACGCGUUGCUGGCCGGCGACGCUGUGACUACUGCCGCCGGCCUCGACUGGAAGCGUGCGCUCGGGCUGCAGCUCUGGUUCGGCUCGGCACCGAACGCAACCAUUGCAUCUGUGCUCGACGCGUACACCCGCGAGUGGCGGAACCCGACGCUCGACCUCGUGGCGCCGCCGCUGGCGCACUAUCUCGAGUCUGGAGCGGUGGCACCCGAGGCGAACUCUGCGGCCGAGGCGGCGGCGGCGGUCGCUGCGCUAGCCGAUGAGCCGGCGCGGUUGGACACGGCGUACCACCUGCUCCAUCUCUACUGCGGCGAAGGCGGCGAUGCACUCGAAAAGGUGCUCCUCCCGACCACUGCGUCGCAGUGGGGCCUCGACGAGCGGAUGCCGUGGACGCUGUACCGGAUCCUUCGCGGGCUCGGGUACGCGGACCUGCGGCCGGCACAGGCGUACAAGCUCCACGGCUCGUUUGCGGCGCAGCUGGAGAACGUCGGGCUGUGGGAGUGGGGAGUCUUUGUUCUCCUUCACUUGCCCGAAGGCGAACGGCGGCGGGCGGCAGUCCUUGCGCUCCUCGAGCGGCACGUCCGGCCGGAGAGCCUCACGCCGGAGCGGCAGUCGUUCCUGGUGGAGACGCUCGGCCUCCCGCGGGCGUGGCUCCACCACGCCAGCGCCGUUGCAGCGCUGUACGAUGGCGACUACGAGGCCGUGGCGCGGCACUGGUUGGAGGCCGGCGAGCCGUCGCGGGCGCACGAGGUCAUUGUCAGCAAGCUCGCGCCGCAGGCGGUGCUCGACGAGGACUCGGGCGUUGUGCUCGAGCUCCUCGAGGCUGUCGAGGCCGAAGCUGACCGGGUCUCCGGCUGGGCUGCCCGCGGCUGGGUCUUCCUCACCUAUCUUCGCGCUGUGCCCGAGGUCGAGUUUAUCGUUGUCCAGCUGCCGGACGAGCUCUCUGCGCUCAAGGCGUCCAACGCCACCAGCGGCCAGCGGCAGCUCCACACCCAGCUGGUCGAGCUCGACGGGCAGCUCUCGCACCUGGCCAUGGUGCUGAGCCAAAGCGAGUGGGCCGCCUUUGCCGCCACCGCUCUCGUCGUCCAGGUCUGUGGCACCGAGAUGGCAACGCGGACCGCGCUCCUCUUGGCACGGAUCAAGGCCACGCUGCAGGCUGUCAACGACUCGGUCGCGCUCUCGCAGCUGAGCGACUCGCUCUCGUCGGCCAACAUGAUGCACGGAUCGGGCAUGCUCCAGGUCGAGCUUGCCCUCUCGGCCCCGCUCCCGCCCAACUACCGCAUUUCGGUUCUCAACAACAUGGCCUACGAGUAUGCCAAGAUGAUCGAGGUGUAGACCCGUCGAUCCAACCCGUCGAUCCAAACCCCUCGACCCAACCCCUCGAUCCAAACCCACGAAUACACACAUAGAUUCACACGG